AUGGCGGAGCGGCGGGUGUCACGGUGGUACUUCGGGGGCCUGGCCUCCUGCGGGGCGGCCUGCUGCACCCACCCGCUGGAUCUGCUGAAGGUACAUCUGCAGACUCAGCAAGAGGUGACGAAGAGAAUGACAGGAAUGGCAAUCACUGUGAUCAAGAAUGACGGCUUUCUUGCCCUAUACAAUGGCCUGAGUGCAUCUCUCUUCAGGCAGAUCACAUACUCCUUGACCCGCUUUGCCAUCUACGAGACUGUGAGAGACCACCUGUCCCAGGACAGCAAAGUCCCCCUCCCCUUCUACCAGAAGGUGCUGCUGGGAGCCUUUGGCGGUUUUACAGGGGGCUUUGUGGGGACCCCGGGCGACAUGGUUAACGUCAGAAUGCAAAAUGACGUGAAACUUCCGGCCCACCUGAGACGCAACUAUGCUCAUGCGUUGGACGGCAUGUACAGAGUCCUCAGAGAAGAGGGAUUCCGGAAGCUUUUCUCGGGGGGGCACCAUGGCAUCCAGCAGGGGAGCCCUUGUAACUGUGGGCCAGUUGGCUUGCUAUGACCAGGCUAAGCAGCUAGUUCUCAGCUCCGGCGUCAUGUCUGAUAACAUUUUCACCCACUUUCUGCCAGUUCAAUUGCAGGUGGAUGUGCUACAUUCCUUUGUCAGCCACUAGACGUCCUGAAGACACGACUGAUGAAUUCCAAGGGGGAGUACAGGGGAGUUGCUCACUGUGCCAUGGAGACGGCAAAACUGGGACCCCUGGCCUUUUACAAGGGUCUUGUUCCGGCUGGCAUCAGGCUCGUCCCACACACAGUCUUGACCUUCGUGUUUCUGGAACAGCUGCGGAAGUACUUCGGGAUCCGGGUCCCUGCUUAA